AUGGCUUGGCGUAGCUUCAUAAUAUCCUUUCAGCUCACCGUGACAACGUGGUAUAUUUACCCUGCUUGGGAAGUCCUUACUCUCCAAUCUCUCCGCAACAACUAUGCUAGCCUGAAGCAAAAGUUUGGUACUUUACAGGCCUUGGUUCUUCUGCUUAUGCUCCCUAACGCCACGCAAAUCGUGGAUCGAGUGGAAAAGCAUGUGCUCAGUGCCAAAUCAGAUGAGGCGAUCGUGCUACGAAAGUCAACGACAGAAGAUUGCACAAUGCUGGCGGUUGCUGCCGCUAUUGUGGCGCAAGUUGCCAUUUCAGCCCUAGUACUGGAAGACCUUGACAAAGUUCAUUGGACGGUAGAAGCAGCAUUCAGCCUUAGCUUGACAGCUGGCGGACUUUCAGUUUUUUAUGCCUGUCUGAUUCAACAAAGAUUGAACAGCUGUCUGACCACUGAUGAUGUCAAGGACUUUUUCAGUAGGGUCAGCACUUCGGCGCGACUUCGAGAGUUCGAGCAAGCUCUAGAUGAUAUGGCUUCCCAAAUGCGGAAAAUGGAUGUCGGUGAUGAAAUGACCUCGGUACACGAAAAGGUGACACGACUGGAGUCAAUGAUCAAAGACUUCAAGAGUGCGAACAGAUGGAAGUCCGUAUCCUUUCUUUCUAUACUCAUGGUGAAAGCUCCGACCCUUCUGAUGAAAUAUGCACUGGGAUCUUUCAUCGUAGGACUUGGCAUCUCCUUUGGAUGUUUAGCGUUCAGCGACGUCGGCUCCCAGAAGCCUCAAGGACGAUACCUCGCACUCUUUACUGUCUACAUUGUGACCAGCUGCCUGGGCCUGUUUAUCUAUUACGUGCCAUCCAUUCUUAAGGACCUGGAGUUGUCUACAGCACGUCGCCACACACGAUUUAUCCGCAGCAAAAUUCCCAGAGAACAUUUGCAGAAUGAGACGCAAGUUCUUGAAAGUAUCAGUGCUCUACGGAGUUCAGACCAGCAGGAAACCUAUGGUGAACGUCAAUCUAACGAGGUAAAAUCUUGCGCAGAAGGACUUCAGAACACGGAUGGAAGUCAACCCAAAUCCUCCGAUUGAACGGCCCAAGGAGAUCUCUGAAGAGACGGCUGUGACCCAAUCAAUCUCGCUCGUGAAGAAUGAAGAAACAUCAGCUCAU